AUGGAGGGUCUGAGGAGGGACAUUGGUAGGUGGGCUCCGGUGGCAGUGCUAACAUGCGCCGUGUUGGUGAUGAUGCCGUCGGAGGUGUCGGCGGAGCGUUACAUUGUGGGAGCCAACAUGGGGUGGACUUCAAAUGUGAAUUACACAGUUUGGGCUCAGGGCAAACACUUUUAUCUUGUUUUUGUGUAUGAUAGGAACCAGGUGAAUGUGCUCGAGGUAAACAGUACGGAUUAUGAGAAUUGCAUUUCCGAUCACCCCCUUCACAACUGGACUACUGGUGCUGGACGUGAUGUGGUUCCUCUAAACGUGACAAAUACUCGCUACUUCAUUAGUGGCAAAGGAUUCUGCUUUGGAGGAAUGAAAUUAGCAAUUCAUAUCGAGAAACCCCUGCCCCCACCAACAUCAUCGCCACAAAAAAGCGACUCUCCCAGCUUGCUAAAUUCUUUUAAAGGUGAGAUUUUUCUUGCAGUUGCUUUUACAGCAGCUGCAGCAUGGGAUUCGUUUCUUCUACUUUUGUAG